AUGAAUACCCCGGAGAAUAUCAAGCUCCUAAAAAUGGUGCAGGAAAGAGAGUUGGCACGCGAAUUCUUCGAUGCACCCAACGGUACUAGGCUGGGAAUGCAUUGGGAUUAUAACCGAAAGAAGCUGGUGCCUUUCAUAAAAGACCACUUCACCGGCGCUAUUCGACCCGCCAUAAUGAAGGAUAACAUGUACGACAACAUGUCCAAAGAAAAGCUCGAAGAGCACCGCCAGUAUCACCUACAACGGCAAGAACAACAGGAGGAGGAGAAAAAAAACUCCUCAAGCUCAGGGGGGAAAUAA